AACUGCGGCUCUUGAAGAAGAGAAAAAAAAAAUUCAAACUAACGCCCUCGUGUUUUAGUCAUUUGGCAGGACCUGAAGACACCGAAAAACAAGCAGAGCCCCGUACGUAGUUCUCAUGGGAUUGUACUGUGCGUAAAAGACCCCGUUCCGCAGCCUGGAAUAACCUUGCACUGCUUUACCGGCAGACACCAGCCACAUAGACAAGCGGAAAGACUUUCUUCUCCUUCCUGGCACGGCAUCCCAGCGUUUAAUUAUGAGGACAUUUCACCAACUUCAAUUUGUUUUCGAUGUUUAAAAUGCGUUUUGGCACCGCGCUGGCUCUUCUUGUCGCCCUGGUGUCUCCACUGCGGGCGCAAUGUACAACAACGUGUCAGAUGAGCAGCCAAAGUGGUUAUGUUGAGGGACAGUGUCCUAUAACUCUAACCCCAGACCCCUUCCUGGACGAAUGGGGCAUUUACUCCGAGUGUGUCACUGUUCGUGUUUGGAUGAAGACUGAGGACUUUUCAAGCAAGAACCCGGCGAUUGAAAUUCACACAUCGAUAUCAAAAUUGAUGCUGAGCCCCACUCUGAAAAAUGCAAACAAAUUAAACAAAAGGUGCCAUGUUAAGAGCCAAGGCUCCCGUGUGAGGUGUGUCACAAAGCAACUCCAGUACAGCAACACUUCUUUUACCCUGUGGGAGCUGGUACAUGACUGUGCCGAUGCUGAAGCUGGAAGUGCUGUUUAUGUGUCUUACAGCGCACCAUCAACACGCUGCAAUGUCACCUACACAGUUCGAGGUCCCAGGCCAGACUUUGACCUCUCUGUAGAUCAGUCAUCAAAAUCCAUCAAUGUCACCGUAAAGCCUCAAGGGGAUGUCAUGCCAGUCUAUGCCAAUUGGUGUUACUUAAAACGAGGAAACAACUGCCUCGGAGGGCCAGAUUCCAAACGAAUAAAUAUCAAUCCAUCUCAGCCUCAAUCAGCCGUGCUUACCUUCCCUUACCUGCUGCCCUGUGUGUGUGUGCAGGUAUAUUACACCUAUACAGAUGCUUGGCGGCGUAUAAAGUGCCUGUUUCAAAACAGCAGCCUCAUAGAUCAUAGAGAUGUCUGGCGCACUUCUGAAGUCGCACUGUACGAGUCAAAGUUGACAUGGAGCUCGGAGUGUCCGGCCAACAGCAUGAACAUCUCUGCCUCCCUCUGCUGGAUGCAACGUGAACACGUCUGCACGCCUAUACUGGGCUCCACACUGGAGAAAGACAAUGGACCAACCCUGGUAUAUAACACAUCUAUGGUGGACAAACACCCUCAGAUGUGUGUGCGGUUUUCUUUACAAGACAGCCAUAACAUCACUUGCCUCUUCACGAGUGAUAUGUCUUCUUGGGAGGCGUAUAUUGGACCAAGCAGGCAGAGCAUAGUAGUGUAUCUUACAUCUUCAGCCCCAGCAAAGUUCUCAGCUCAACUCUGUGUCCUGACUGAGACAGGAUGUAGACCAAUGGGGCCGGCCCACUCACUAACAAUGGAUGGAAAUACCAAGAAAGAGAAAAUGAUAUAUUUGCCUCUUCGUUCUCUUGCUGAGAAACCCUGUGUGCAGGUGUGGCAGUCAGAUCCUGCUCUUCAUGGAAGAAGAAUUCUAUGCCCGGACUACAUGCGCAACAGAAGUGGCCUAUAUGCAGUGGCAGUUUUGAUAUUUGUAACUGUCGUUGCAUUAAUGGGAAUUUUCAUCCACCGUGUAACCAAGAGUGGAGCAACAGGCUGUCUAUAUAUCCAGAAGCCAUUGUUGCUGGUGUGCUCGUCCGAUCAGCCAUCCCACGUCUCUGCUGUGUGUGCAUUUGCCUCAUUUCUCCAAGGUGAGCUAGGUGCCACAGUGCACACAGCUCUGUGGGCCCAGAGCUCGCAAAGGCAGGCCGGUACUCAGGCUGGUGUGGCAGAUCUGGGUCCACUUCCCUGGCUGUAUGGGCAGUGGGAAGCUGUCUGCAAGGCACAAGGAAAAGUGCUGAUUAUUUGGAGUCCUGAAGCCAAGAAAACCUACGACAAUUGGAGGGAGGAGAAGGUGAACCUGGAUGAGAAGGAGAGAAACAAGGAAGAUUCUGAGAAAGUUAACGGAGAGGUGGAAGAGAAGGAUUUAAAACUAAAUGGAAGAAAAUGGAAAAAAGCGAAAGCUACAGAAAACAAGGAUGGUGUUAAAUUAUGUGAUGAUAAAGACUGGUGCCAACGGAAAGAGGCCUCUAUGGUGAUUGGACCGGUGUUCAAGGCUGCUCUGGCCUGCCUAGAGGGGGCACUGCAGCGGUGCAAAACCCGAGAAGUUGCCAUUGUGUAUUUUCACGGCCUUGGUCACGGCAGGGACAUCCCAAAGGCUUUCAGAGGUAUCCCUCGGUUCUGCUUACCAGAGGAUUUCGGGGGGUUAAUGCAGGAGCUGGGACAGACAAUAAGAAGGACAAAAACUGGUAAAUACAGGUGGCACUGCUGGCCCAGACUCCUGUCUAAAGUGCUGUCAGUGUGGCUGGCACGGCGGUUGGCUCAGAGGCUACAGACACUGCUGCCUAAGACAUGAGCAAAUAAAAUGCAAGACCCGAGGGUCACAUCAUCAAUUAAAAUGACAUUAGAUAAGACAAGCGGGCUCAAGUUGCCGCUGGCAGCCAGACUUGGAACUGUACAAGAGUAAGAGCUCCUCCGUGGGUCGCCAUGGAGAGCAGAGAUGCUCAGGUUUCACGUGGCAGACUUGUUCUGCAGGAAACUUGAUCCGCGAGACACUGGAACCGGUGUUACAUUGUGAUUGCCUUACAGAUGCUCACUCUGUAAGAACUAUUCAUUGCUGGGCGCCAUCAGGUCAAAAGUACCACCACUUGUUUUGCAUAUUAAGGAGCGGUAAACAGUCUGGCCGCCUGCGUUCAGCGUCUAACAGAAGCUUCUGUAUGUGUUCUCGUGACAAGCCAUAGCGAACACCUGUCUUAUCUCUGUAAAUAUGCUAACCACUAUGAAAAUCUUGCUGCAAAUGAUACCUCUGUUUCUUUAUGAAUGCAUUUAAUGUUUCAAAGUGCAGCUGUCAAACCACAUUGCUGAUGUUUACAGAACUCGCAAAUUUGUAUGGCAUUGUCAAAAGUUAAAGCCAAGGUGGUCCCAGGAUAUUCAGUAUUACAAAGCAGCAGGUGGAAAAAAUGAAGUGUGCUUGACUGAGGUCAAUUGUGGUCAUGUGUUCAAGGUUUUUUUUUUUCUGUCUUUAUCAUCGUAGGUCAACUACUACUUGCUAAAUAAUAAAGACACAACAUGAAAACCA